UCUUCCUGUGCUCUGAAUUCAGGUUUCCACCCACCUCUUAUAUCAGGCAAGAAAAAAAGCAAUCUGUCAUCUGUCUUUACCUACCCUGGCCUUCUGUGUUCUUGCAAACAUUAUGGGAUGAAUGUGAGUGAGCCAAGAUAAUGACCAAGGUGCUGCCUUGUUUUUGGAAGGCUUUCACUAACUCUGACUGCUUGGGUAUUGAAUAACAAUCACAAAAAUAUGUUGCCAAGCAAAAAGUAAUAGUGUACAGUCUCAUAAUGGACUUUUUCUAGCAUACCGAAGCGAGGCCCCUAUCGUAACACAAGCAGGACUUGCCCUGCUCUUAAGGUGUCCAAAGAAAACAGCCUAUCGCCUGAUCUUGUGCACUGAAGGUUGGGGAGAAAUUUUUAAUUGACUUAAAUCUCUUCUCUUGCGAUCAAAACCCUUUUCUUCCAUGUGUUCUACAUGAAGAUAUAAAACAUUUCUCUAUUCUUUGGUAAUAUCACACAUCAUCCCUCUCUAAACAGAAGCUGUGUUCACCAUUUUUGACAUUUUCAUUGGCUGUCUUCCCCAUCCCUUUCUUGGUCUUCAUUUCUUCUGAUGAACACACACUGGCUUCUUCACACACGUAUUUAGAACUUUAUACAUUUUUCUAAUGAGAUAUGACUGGUCCCUGCCGCACACACAGGUUCUUCAUCCAUGCGUCCAAAUCAAAGGGCUUUUGGCUUGCCCCAGCAUCAUGUGUGCAGCAUAGCUUCCCCGUUUUCUACCUACAGUUCUUCCCCGCCCCCACCCCCACCCCCGGAUAAAACAUCAGCGCCUCACUGACCAACAGUGUCUCUUACCUCUUAGGGUUGCUUUGGAGUCUUACACCUGUUUUCCAAGGUACUGGUGUUUCAUCAUAUUUAUUACCAGGUUUCAUCUUAUACUUGAGAGUGACAGAUCAUAAGUCUCUUUCUUGAAGCUUGUCCUAAGUGAGACACCAUUUAGUUCAGCCUCCGAAGAACUCUGUACUCACGACAUAAAUACAGCCCCUGGCUGCGGUUGUCAUCUCCUUCUGCACUCAUGAGUAAGGACAUGACUACGUCGAUCUCUUUGGGUGCAGUUCUGUGUGCAUCCCUUCCUACAUGUUUCCAGUUGCUCAUUUUCCUGUACUUUCAGUGGUUGAGAUCAAAGCUUUUAAAUUUCCAGGAUUGCUAAUUUUUUAAAAUGAAGAUCCCCCAGUCAUCAGGGAUAUUCUGUUUCUAGUAGAAGAUCCCCCCAAAUAACAGUUAAUGACUUUGCUAUAUAGCACCUACCAAUUCAUUUAUUUCUCCAAGAAUCUGUGCUCACACUCAGUUGCUGGAAUACAUCAAACUUUUAAAGUUCAUCUUACAUAAGCUCCUCCUCUCCAGUUUCAUCUUUUAUACCUGGGACCGUUCACCAUAAUUCCCUUGGAAUAUCACUCCUUUCCAUUUUUAUGGGCAUGGCUAAUAUGAAUGUGUUGCAGGUCACAAUCUGGGUUUGCAGCAAAAAUGCUUUCAGAACAGACAGCAGCACUGGGGACACGAUGGGAGUCGAUGAAUGCACAGCUGGAUGGAGCACAGUCCCAUGUGGAAAGGAGAAGCCAGGAAGAGGGGUCGUGGAGAACCUCACCGGGGCCUCUGGAACACCUGUGCUGUGAUCUUGAAGAGGAGCCACAGUCCCUUCAAGAGAAGGCUCAGUCCGCUCCCUGGGUCCCUGCAAUUCCCCAGGAGGGGAGCGCCGGAGACUGGGAGAUGGCAGCUGCACUUCUUGCAGCCGGAUCACAGGGACUGGUAACCAUCAAGGAUGUGUCAUUGUGCUUCUCUCAGGAGGAGUGGCGGAGCCUGGACCCCUCUCAGACAGACUUUUAUGGAGAAUAUGUCAUGCAGGAAAACUGUGGGAUAGUGGUCUCUCUGAGAUUUCCAAUUCCCAAACUGGACAUGCUGUCUCAAGUAGAAGGAGGGGAAGAGCAAUGGGUCCCUGACCCCCAGGACUUAGAGGAGAGGGACAUUCUGAGGGUCACAUAUACAGGAGAUGGAAGUGAACAUGAAGGGGAUACCCCUGAACUAGAAGCAGACCCUCCCAGAAUGUUUUCCAGUGUGUCCGAAGAUACGGUGCUCUGGAACCCAGAGCAGGAUGACAGCUGGGAUUCCAUGCCUAGGAGCUCCAGAGGAACACUCCUGGGUCCACAUUUCCUUCAGGAAGAUAGCUUCUCAAAUCUUCUGUGUAGCACAGAAAUGGAUUCCCUGUUAAGACCCCACACAUGCCCCCAGUGUGGGAAACAGUUUGUGUGGAGCUCCCACCUUGCCAGGCAUCAGCAGACACACACUGGGGAAAGGCCCUACAGCUGUCUCAAGUGUGAGAAGAGCUUUGGGAGAAGACAUCAUCUCAUAAGGCACCAGAAAACCCACCUGCAUGACAAGCCCAGCAGGUGCUCUGAGUGUGGCAAGAAUUUCCGAUGCAACUCCCAUCUGGCCAGUCACCAGAGAGUACAUGCAGAAGGCAAAUCUUGUAAGGACCAAGGAGGUGAUGACAGCCCUGGGGCUAUGAAACGGCAGCGUGCCCUACCGGUGCCAAAAUGCCACGUGUGCACAGAAUGUGGGAAGAGCUUUGGCCGAAGGCACCACCUAGUAAGACACUGGCUCACCCAUACCGGGGAGAAGCCCUUCCAGUGUCCUCGCUGUGAGAAGAGCUUUGGCCGCAAACAUCACCUGGACAGACAUCUACUGACCCACCAGGGACAAAAUCCCAGGAGCAGCUGGGACAGGGGGACAUCUGUCUUUUGAAAUCUGUUUCUCUUGCGGUUAUAAUCAAAUCUAUUAGCCGGUGCUACCAGGAGUCACUGCCAGGACUGUCCCACCUGCACCCCAGCAACCAGAAACAUGAGCUCUGACCCUAUCCACAGAAAGAUGAGGUUUCAGUGUUGGCCAGAGUAUUUUUCACCAGUUCUGUGAAAUAACACAUAAAGUGUUCUUCUAGCAAAACACUUGGGAAACAAUGCAUACUGCAUGGUUGGUUUUCUGUCUAAGCCCAUUUUCAAGGACACAGGGAUAUCACCAGUUUAUGGCUGAUCGGUUGGUGUCUAUGCCAUAACAGUUGUUAAAUAUUUUGACUUUCAGCCUCAUAUACUAAUUACAUUCUGUAUAUAUAGAGAGGGAAAAAAUGUUUUAACAUAUCAAAGCCUCUGAGAACUUCUGCAGUACAGCAAGCUUCUGUUAAGCUUCUGUUAAUGCAGUGUUCCCUAAAUUUAUUUGACUUCAGUAUUCUACUUCACCUUCCACAGAACUGGUAAAUCCAUGAAACACUCUAGUGAGCACUGGGUUAAAAAGUAACAAGGAAACAGGAAAGAGAUGGUGAUAAAGUACCCAAAGCCCCUUUUUUAACCAUGUGAAAGCCCAGGGGCCAGAACUUCCUGCUGUUUGGGUCCAUCACUCAACCCAUCAUCCAUACGUACAUCUAUACCUCUCACUCCCACCUGCCAAAAAUAAAAUAACCUUUGCACUCAUUUAUUCCUACACCCUUCAGCUUGUGUGCACAUGUGCAUCACACAUGCACACACUCAUGGCUGAGAGAUUAAGCUACAAUGCUAUGAGAUGGACCUUACACCCCUAAGGAAUCUCAGGCCCACACAGAAGAAAAAAUUUUAUCCCCAUGAACAGACCCCUCUCCUCUUGACUGUGUCUUAAUGUGUCUAUGUAUAUGUGUGUGCAGAGUCUCUGGAGACAGCAUGCUACGUAAAAACUGUACAGCAUGCUACGUAAAAACUGUACAAGCUAGUUUUUUUCUGGGGAUGAGGGUAGUGGGGAUUGUAUGGGUGUUUUUUGUUUGUUUUGUGUAUUAAUGGGAAGUCCUGGUGGUUUUGUGUAAAUAUUAAGGAGCCCUGGUGUAAAGCACUAAAUGAUGGGUUAAGUUGUGGGAGCUGAGUAUGAAGCUUUCCCCAGCAUCACUGUGAUCAAGACAAUUGUGGAUGGAUAUAUCUAGGUCUGACUCACUGGGCCACAGAUUGUUUUCACCUGGCAGGAGAGAAUGGCGUCUUCUGUGAGUCUUCUUGAUUGAUUCCAGGCAAGGUACAUACAGAAGCCUUGUGCUGAGUGAGGAUUUUGUCUUAAGUGCUGGGAAAUUAGGACAGAAUCACGGUGUUUCCAGUUGUUGUCAUUGCUCUUAUUUGACUCUGAUUGCGUCAUCAAGGGGGAAGAGUAAUUCUCGAGGAACUCAUUCUCCCAGAAAGAGAACUGUCGGGUAAAAGGCUGUGGCUUAGCUCUUCAGCUAACAUAUGGUAAUGAGCUUUCUGGUAGGUUUUCCUCCCAGUUUGGGAAGGUAUCCACACUGAAGACUCUUUAACCUGAGGUGUACAGACUAGGACUCAUAAGUAUUUUAACAUCUUGUAGUCAAUGGGUUGCUCAUUGUUUUUCUUUAUUGAUUAUUAUGUUAGUAAAAAUCUGUUUUAGAUGUAUUUACUUAUUUGGAAAGUAGAUGGGGGAGAGAGAGAGAGAGAGAAAGAGAGAGAGAGAGAUUGCUUGAGAGAUCUUCUACCCAUUGUUCACUCCCCAAAUGGCUACAACAGCUGGGGCUGGGCCAGGCCAAAGCCAGGAGGAAAGAGCUUCUUCCAGGUCUCCCACAUGGGUGCAAAGGGCCCAAGCACUUAGGCCAUCUUCUGCUGCUUUCCCAGGCACAUUAGCAUGGAACUGGAUCAGAAGUGGAUUAGGCCAGCGCCGCGGCUCAAUAGGCUAAUCCUCUGCCUUGUGGCGCCGGCACACCGGGUUCUAGUCCCGGUCCGGGCGCCGGAUUCUGUCCUGGUUGCUCCUCUUCCAGUCCAGCUCUCUGCUGUGGCCAGGGAGUGCAGUGGAGGAUGGCCCAAGUGCUUGGGCCCUGCACCCCAUGGGAGACCAGGAGAAGCACCUGGCUCCUGCCAUCGGAUCAGCGCGGUGCGCCAGCCGCAACGCGCCGGCCGAAGCGGCCAUUGGAGGGUGAACCAAUGGAAGGAAGACCUUUCUCCCUGUCUCUCUCUCUCACUGUCCACUCUGCCUGUCAAAAUAAAAAAAAAGGUGGAUUAGUCAGACUUGAACUGGCACCCAAAUAGGAUGCCAGCACAACAGGCAGCAGCUUGACCUGCUGUGCCCCUACGCCAACCCCAAUACCAACCUGAUAAUUUAAAAUUAUCUUAUGUGUAAAAGCAGAUUGGCGUUAUGGAGGAAGAGAAGCAAAGAGGAUGGAGGUGGGAUUUUUUUUCCUUAAUGCUUAUUCUGAUUUUUCUCUAAGACUUACUUCUCAACCGAAAUUUCCCACUUACGGAAUGAACCAGAGAGGCAAGAGGAAUUGAGCUGCAACAAUCUAAUUUAGCUGUUAUUCAAUUUUCUUAGGAAAAAGUGGAAAAUAACAGCAGCUCAGAGUUCUGGACCCACAUGGAAUUGAAAAUAGGGUCAUUUUGCUGCCUGGGCUUCUAAAGUAUAUAUGACUUGAGCAGCCCUUCCCCUACCUGCCUUCUGCUACUCAGAGCAGCCUUCCCUCUUUGCGUGGAAUGCACAUAUCUUGCUUAUAUUCCUAUGAAUAAAGGAAAGUGGCCUACUCUUUAUAAGGGAGGCCUUAUCCUAGGUACUCAGAGACAAAGCAUCUCAGGGUUUGUAAAAGGAGAUGCCCUAGGCAAUAGGAAAGCAUGGGCUCUCAGUGGUGAAAUUGGACUAUGCCAUUUCUUUUGCCCUCUCACUUCAGUACAAAUCAGCUCCAUGUAAGCAACGGUUCAGAACCUGUUUUGGAUCACAGAUACAUCUGCUAGAAACCAAAAACCCACAUUUGAGAAAAACAGACACUUGCAAUUCAGUUUUGCACCCAUAUGUUAGCAGGUUCAGAGCCCACCCACAGAAUCACUAAAAUGGGGUCAAAGAAAGGGACUUAUCCUGACCCACUAUAUUUGUGUCAAGAAUUACAAGGCAAGGAUCACUAAAUAUCUUAAGAACUAAAAUACCAGGGGCAUAAAGGUAUGAGAAUAGGGUCUGGUCUUUAAUGACUGGAAGGAUAUUUUACUCUACAUUUUAAAAAAUUAACUGACAUGGUGACAAAUCAAGCUCCUCACAAACCUUGUUUUAAGGACUUGUAGGAAGUGAUUUUCCUUACUAUCAGAUUGCAACUCUGAAUGACUGCAUGUUAACUGCCAGUCUUUUAUUUGUACUAGUAAUUAUAAGGACAUAAAGCCCCCAAAAUAUCAAUGCAGUUAUGGCACCCACCUGGGAAGCAUCCUGAGAGAGUUUCUGCAGAAGGAGCAACACUUUGGGUCAUUUCUGGUGUACUUCUGUCUACCUCGGUCCAAUACCACCUCCCUUGGACAACAAAUAAACAAGCAACAGCCAUCA